AUGCUUCGCCUCCGAGGCAUCCUUCGUGAACGCAAUGCCGUCGAGUCGGUGGCACUGCAUGACGACCAGUCUGACGCAGCUUGGUACACAAUGUACCGUUCCCGCAACACCCCAUCGUUCCUCACCACGGUCGACGAGGACGCCCUCCGAGGAUCCAGCACAAGCAUGCUGUUCUAG